CGCACGUCUUCUUUGGUGUAAAGAACGAGAAAUUCGUGACAGUCAUUUGAUCGUGCAGCUCCGGUGCGUGCACUUCUAAUGGACUUUGACGCAGGAUUCUGACUGAGCAAGGCGACAUGCGCUGAGAAAAACGUCGAGAUCGUUUUUUGACGUGAGAACAGGUGGUUCGGUUACGAGAAAAAAGGCUCCUAUGGAUAUCCAACGAGAUAGAGAUAUAGAUUUAAACUAUAUGUACGGUUGGAACUACAACAUGCUGAAGUUUAUGGGUAUUUGGCCGGAAGAGAGGAAAUGGAAUCGACCUUCCAGUUACUUCGUUCUAUUGCCGUGUAUCGUGAUGGUGUGCUUUAUUUGUGCUCCACAAACUUUUAAUCUUUCGAUAAUCGCGGGUGACUCUGAUCUGGUGAUCGAGAAUCUAUCGACUAACAUUACUAUCACGGUUUCGCUUAUGAAAACUAUGGCUGUUUGGAUCAAAGGCAAACCAUUAAAGUCUUUGCUGAGAUGCAUGGCCAAUGACUGGGACACAGUGACGAACAACGCCGACCGAGAAAAAAUGGUGAACAUCGCGAGGAUCACUAAAAAGAUUACGAUAAGAAGCAUAUUGCUGGCCAACAUCGUAAUUGUAGCUUUUUUGCCUGCACGAUUAUCUAGCAUGAUAUACAACGACAAAGAACUGUUUUACCGUGGCUAUUACCCCUACAAUACUACGAUCAGUCCAAAUUUCGAAUUGACACUAAUCGGUCAAUUGAUGGCUGCGCUUUAUGCAGCCAUAACCUAUACAACGGUAGACACUUUUGUCGUCCUGUUGAUUUUUCAUGUCUGUGGACAACUUUCGAUUCUGAGAGACGAGUUAAGGGAGAUUCAUUCGUAUGAUAACAAAAAUAUAGAAAUGAAAUUACAGAAGAUCGUCCAAAAGCAUGUAUACAUUAAUAGGUUCGCGGAAACGAUAGAGAAUUCAUUCAACGUGAUGCUUCUGUUUCAAAUGCUCGGUUGCACCACUCAGCUAUGCUCUCAGACGUAUCAAGUUAUUAUGUCACUUGGAGAGGAAGCUAUAGAACAUAUGAUUUUGCAAAUUACGUUCCUGUUGAUAUACGUAAUUUACGUGAUGUUGCAAUUGCUCUUAUAUUGUUACAUGGGCGAAAAGCUAACUGUCGAGAGUACAGAAAUUGCCAACACGGCGUACAAUGCAGAAUGGUACAAUUUACCUCCCAAGAAUGCGAGAUGGCUUGUAAUUAUCAUGUGCCGUGCCAGGUCUUCACCCUUACAAAUUACAGCAGGCAGAUUUUGUUGCUUUACUUUAGUGCUAUACUCUCAGAGUAAUACGCAAAGCGUGUCAGAAGCUGAUCUAGGAGCACUCCAUCCAGCCACGUUCCCUUACGACAUCAGCAAGAGUCAAAAUUUUGAGAUCGCAUGGCCGGGACAAUUUAUGGGCUCGGUGUUAACCGCGAUACGCUAUACUUGUUUCGACACGUUCUUUGCGGUUCUCGUGUUAUACUUGUGCGGUGAAUUAACUGUUCUUAGGAUGGCUCUCGAGAAUCCAACUUACGUGAAGAAAAAGAAUAAUUACGUAAGCUUCUAUGAACGACUGGGAUUCAUUGUGAACCAGGACAAUCAGUUGUCUAGGUUUGCCGUGAUCGUCGAAGAUCGUUUCAACUUCACGAUACUCGUUCGGGUUAUAAUCUGCACGUCGUUGUAUUGUCUAACUGGAUGCCGUAUGAUAACCUCCGUAAAUCAGGUGCAAGCGGACGUGCCAAUAGUUGGAAUGAUAUUUUUCAUCAUACAUGUAAUUUAUACUGUGCUGCAUCUUCUCACUUAUGACCAUGUGGGUGAAAUGCUUCGUGGACAAAGUGCUGGUGUUGGACAAUCAGCGUACAAUUGCAACUGGUAUUUACUACCGAAGGACGUCAUUUCAUUAAUUAUCGUGAUGCGUCGAGCGAAUGUAUCGUUUCAAAUAACAGCUGGGAUAUUCAGUUCCUUUUCCCUCGAACUCUUUGAUACUGUGAAUCAAACUAUCAUGGAACUAAAUUAUUUUUUCAUGGACUUUUACAAACAUUUAAAUAUGCAUCUGAGGAGUUCAGAAUAAUAUUUUGUCAAGUUCUAAAAAUUUCUAUUGGAUAUCUUACCAUAUUGUUAGCUAUGAAUUAUCGAGUGAUCGACGAAAAGUAACAUAAUCGUAUGGUUGACAAAUGUUUGUUCUCGUUUAGGAUAAUAAGAAACACCGCACACUGCGUAUUUUAUAAAAUCACACUGCUUGCGGAAUAAAUAUUUUGAUAUCUAUUCAGAGUUCCAUAUCAAGAUUCAUAUAAUCCCAUAAGGAU